AUGGCUAGCCAUCUUGCCUGGUUGAUGGUGCUGAUCUCCUGGAAUGCUUUGACUAAGACUGCAGGUCAGAAACCACCACAGGGUUUUAGGUAUGCCUCUUACGAGGUGACUAUCCCAAGGAAACUGACCCCCAGAUAUGGACAACGAGAACCCCAUGAUGUCACCUACCUAGUGCAUAUUCAGAAGAAGGGCCAUGUGGUGCAGCUCAGACAGAAGAGGGGCUUUGCUCUUAAACCCUUUCCUCUCUUUACUUACAGUGAGGAGGGGGACCUCCAGGUGGACUAUCCUUUCAUCAGAGAUGACUGUUUCUAUCAUGGCUUUGUACAAGGCAAGCAUUCCUCUCUAGUCACACUUAGCACUUGCUCAGGGGGACUCAGGGGUCUGUUGCAAAUAGAAAAUGACACCUAUGAAAUUGAACCUGUGGAAGCAUCUACUAAUUCUCAGCAUGUGGUGUAUAGGUUGGAAGAAAAGGAGGGUGCUGUCCGCAUGAGGUGUGGGCUAACUAAGGAACAGCAGAGUAACCAAGAGGCCACAAUUCAAAAUACAAUGGAUAUAUUGACCCAAAGUACUACUGCAAGAGGUUGGUGGGGGGACACCAGGUAUGUGGAGGUUGCAAUUGUCAUAGAACAUGAACGAUAUGUCCAGUUUGACAGAAAUGAAAGUCGUGUUGCUAUGCAAGUUCUGGAUGUUAUCCACACUGCAAACUCAUUCUAUGAGCCACUUUCUGUUGAGUUGUCUAUAGCUGCCCUGGAGAUAUGGUCAAAAAGGAACCUCGUACCAGUUGUUAACAGCAUAGAUGACACACUUGAGAAUUUCUCUCAUUGGAUAAGAGACUCACUCAUUAAACGUAUACAGCUUGAUGCUGGUCACUUAUUUGUAUAUAAGAGUUUUGAAAGUGCGCUAGGAUUAGCAUAUGUAGCAACAGUGUGUAAUUCUCAUUGGGCAUGCGGUGUUGAAUCAUAUGUGACUUCCAGUUUGUUCCAUUUUUCCAACACAUUUGCCCAUGAAUUAGGACAUAAUCUUGGCAUGCAGCAUGAUGGAUUAUAUUGUACUUGUGAUCGACAUGCUUGCAUUAUGGCUGCAACCCAAGCAAACACUGACAAAUUUAGCAAUUGCAGCUAUAGUAAUUAUUUUAAGCUAAGAAACACACAGUGUUUGCUAAGUGCACCGGACCCUAAUAAAAUGUAUAAAUUUUCAUAUUGUGGCAACCAAAUAGUGGAAGCUGGGGAGCACUGUGACUGUGGUUCACUUGUUCAAUGCAAGUUGGAUCCAUGUUGCCAAUCUAAUUGUAUGUUGAGUCCAGGUGCCACUUGUGCUUUUGGACAGUGCUGUGCUAAGUGUCAGUACCUUCCAGCUCAUUCUGUUUGCAGAGAGAAGGUUAGCAGAUGUGAUCUUCCUGAGUACUGUAAUGGGACUUCAGAGUGGUGUCCUGAAAAUGUUUAUGUACAAGAUGGUGCCCCAUGCAGUGAUGGCACAUACUGUUAUCACGGGAAUUGCACAACUCACAAUGGGCAGUGCAAAAUGAUUUUCGGAAUGAAAGCAACAGCUGCAUCAGAGGGUUGCUUCAGAGAGAUGAACAUUCAAGGGGACCGCUUUGGCAACUGUGGCCUUAGACAUGGAACUUAUAAGAAAUGUAUUGCUGAGAAUAUCUUAUGUGGCCGAAUCCAGUGUGAAAAUGUUGAUAAAUUACCUUCUUUGGAGGAACACAGCACCAUAGUUAAUACACCUGUUGGCAAUAGGCAAUGUUGGGGUAUGGACUAUCAUAGUAUAAUGGAGAAAGCAGAUAUUGGAGCAGUGAGAGAUGGCACCCCUUGUGGCACUGACAUGAUGUGCAUUAAUAGGGAAUGCACAAGUGUGUCCCUUUUAAAGUAUGAUUGUAAUGUGACAAAGUGCCAUAAUCGGGGAAUAUGUAACAAUCACAAACAUUGUCAUUGUGAUCCUGGCUGGGCUCCUCCUGACUGUCUCAAUAAAGGCAACGGGGGCAGUAUUGACAGCGGACCCCCUCCACUACAGAAGACUUGGAAACAUCAUAUCAACAGAACAAGAAUUAUAGUAGUAAUUGUAUUUUGCGUCUCUGCUGCUGUUACUGGCGUUUGUCUGGAGAAAACUCUGAUACCUGUUGAAGUUGUCUAUAUCCUCCAGCUCUCAGAAACUUAG